CCUUUCUUCUGUAUCUUUUUCUUGCUUAAUUUUCAUGGCAUUGUUGCCAUGAAAUCUGAGCUUUCAGGUACUUCCAACCAAAUCAAACUACAGACCUACAUUGUCCACGUGAAGGAGUCAGAGCUCAGGAUUUUGGGUGAUGCCAUUGAUCUAGAAAGUUGGUAUACCUCAUUCUUACCAGAAACGAUCAAGACGUCGAAUGAACAGUCGCGGUUACUUUAUUCAUUUCGAAAUGUAAUGAGUGGUUUUUCUGCAAGACUUACAGAAGAAGUUAAAGCCAUGGAAGAGAAGGAGGGUUUCAUCUCAGCCAGGCCUGAAACCAUAUUGAAUUUGCACACAACUCAUACUCCUGAAUAUUUGGGGUUGAACCAACAAUUUGGAUUGUGGAAAGAUUCAAAUUUUGGAAAAGGAGUAAUUAUAGGAGUGUUGGAUACUGGAAUUUCUCCUGAUCAUCCUUCGUUUAAUGAUGAUGGAAUGCCACAACCACCAGCUAAAUGGAAAGGAAGAUGCGAGUUUGGUGCUUCCAUUUGUAAUAACAAGUUGAUUGGUGCAAGAACUUUCAAUCGUGCUAAUAGUGCUUUGAUGGGGGAAUCGCCAAUUGAUGAAAAUGGACACGGCACACACACAGCAAGCACAGCUGCAGGCACUUUCGUUGAGGGUGCUGAAGCUUUGGGAAAUGCAAGAGGCAAGGCAGUUGGAAUGGCACCUUUAGCUCAUCUAGCAAUGUAUAAAGUUUGUUCUCCAAAAGGCUGCUCGAGUAGCGAUAUACUCGCUGCAUUAGAUGCUGCAAUCCACGAUGGUGUCGAUGUUCUCUCACUCUCCCUCGGUGCCCCUUCGAGACCGUUUUAUAUCGACAAUAUUGCCAUAGGCGCAUUUGCAGCCAUUAAAAUGGGAAUUUUUGUGAGUUGUUCAGCUGGGAAUUCAGGCCCUUCCAAAAGCACAUUAGCCAAUGAAGCACCUUGGAUUCUAACCGUUGGAGCAAGCACUAUCGAUCGAACAAUUAUGGCAUUAGCAAGGCUUGGAAAUGGUGAAGUCCAUGUCGGUGAAUCUCUCUUCCAGCCAAGAGAUUUCCCAUCAUCAUUCUUACCACUUGUAUACGCUGGUAGCAGUGGAGUCAAAGGGUCUGAAUUUUGUGUUCAAGGCUCACUUACAAACCUGAAUGUGAAAGGAAAAAUGGUGGUAUGUGAAAGAGGAGGAGGAAUAGGCAGAAUUGCAAAAGGGAUGGUAGUGAAAAAUGCUGGUGGAGCUGCCAUGAUUAUUAUAAACCAAAAAGCAGAUGAGUUCAGUACAUUAGCCGAAGCUCAUAUUCUUCCAGCAACCCAUGUAAGCUAUGAAGCUGGACUCAAAAUCAAAUCAUAUAUACGUUCAUCACAGAAUCCAAUGGCAUCAAUUUCAUUUGAAGGAACUCUAAUUGGAAGCAGAGCCACAACUUUCUCCCCUGCUAUGGCUUCUUUUUCUUCUCGAGGACCCUGCCUCCCUAGCCCUGGGAUCUUGAAACCUGACAUAACAGGCCCUGGAGUCAACAUUCUCGCAGCUUGGCCAUUCUCAUUAGACAACAACACAAACAAAAAAUCAACAUUCAACGUUAUCUCAGGAACUUCAAUGUCUUGUCCUCAUUUAAGUGGAAUUGCAGCUUUGAUCAAGAGUGUUCAUCCUAAUUGGUCCCCUGCUGCCAUUAAAUCUGCCAUUAUGACCUCUGCAGAUGUAAGAAAUCGUCAAGGCAGACCAAUCGUGGAUCAAGAUUUGAAACCGGCGAACUUUUUUGCUAUGGGGUCUGGACAUGUCAAUCCAUCAAAAGCAGCUGACCCAGGAUUGGUUUAUGACAUUCAGCCUGAUGAUUACAUUCCUUAUCUUUGCGGUUUGUAUAGUGAUGCCCAAGUCUCGAUUAUUGUUCGUAGAAAAGUAACUUGUUCGACGAUAUCAAGAAUACGAGAAGGGGAUUUGAAUUAUCCUUCAUUUGCUGUGACGUUGGGACCUUCACAGAUGUUUAAUAGAACAGUGACAAAUGUGGGUGAUGCAAACUCAAUUUAUUCCGCCAUUGUUGAGGCACCAAUUGGAGUUUCAGUGAAGGUUACACCAAACAAUUUGAAAUUCUCGAGGGUGAUUGAAAAAGUGACAUAUUCGGUAACAUUCAGCCGGGAUGAUUUAGUUAGAACAACGAGUGAAUUCAGUGAAGGGUAUCUCAUAUGGGUAUCUAACAAACACAUGGUGAGGAGUCCAAUCUCUGUGAAGCUCAAAUAA